AUGGUGGAUAACAAUGUAGAAGUGAUUGAUAUCCAGGUCAAGGAAGUUCUUCAGCAUGGGAAAUUUUCUAUAGGAUCAGCUUGUAGAGAGCUAAGGCAGGAAAGGCCAUCAAAUCAUCUGGACAACAGGAUAUGGCAUUCAAAAAUCCCCUUCAAGAUGUCAUUUCUCACAUGGAGAGCUAUUCACAACAGGCUUUCCAUUGAUAAGAGUGUGGCUAGACUUGGAAUUCCUUUGGAGCCUAAUUAUUAUUGUUGUAAUUCUAACAAAGUGACUAGUGAGCUAGAAUCAGUUGACCAUAUUUUUUGUCAUGGUGAUUUGGCUAAAAGACUAUGGUCUUAUUUUGCAGGUCCUCUCGGAAUCAAUAACAACAACACUAACCUAAAACUUAGAUUGCUCAACUAUUGGAAUCAUAGAACAAAAAAUCCUUUCUGUGUUCUUAUCAUCAAGAUUAUCCCAGCUAUCAUUUGUUGGGAAAUUUGGAGAUCAAGAUGCUGCAAAAAAUUUGAAGAGGUAGGAUACUCAACCUAUAGAUUAAUCUCGAAUGUCCUCUUUUUUAUCUUACAAGCCCUAAAGAACAAAUUUGCAAGUGCCAGUUUUGGAAAUACAUGGAGUACUAUAUGUCAAGCUUGUGAAGCCAGUAUUCAGCAGAAAGUAACCAUUCAAGUCAAAUGGAUCAAACCUCAACUAGAAAGUGUCAAGCUAAAUAGUGAUGGGAGCUGCCUAAAUAGAGAAUAUGGUGGGGGAGGUACUGUUAGAGAUCCCACUAGGAGAGUCAUCUUUGCCUAUGCCAUACCACUGGGAAAAGGAACUAGCAACAUGGAAAAGGAAGCAGCAAUGCUCUUUGGACUAGUUUGGUGCUCAAGAAAUGGCAAUACCAUAGUCUGGGGAGAAACAGACUCUCUGCUGCUUACUAAGUGCAUUAAUAGAGAGUGGAAACCUCCAUGGAAUAUUGCAAACUACAUAGAGAGUAUUCAGAAACCAGUUGAAGAAAAUGAAUUCAUCAUCACUCAUUGCUAUAGAGAGGCUAAUAAACCAGCAGAUAAACUUGCUGCAAUAAGUCAUGCAAGUGAUGUAAUCCAAAUCUUCAACUCCUUCUCUGAGAUAUCUACUUCAGUCAGAGGUUUAAUCAAUAUGGACAGGUGGAAUCCACCAUCAUUUAGGAUCAAAGAGAUUAAAGAUAGAAAUCUUGUAUAUGACCACCCUUAG